AUGGCAUCUCUGGUCAAGAAAACGGCUUUAGGGAGCAUAUUCGCUCUUUUUCUCUCCUCUUUCUUCCUCUUCAUUUCCAUCUUCUUUGCGUUCGCGUUGAGAUAUUUGGUCUUGCCAUCCGGCACCGCGAUAAUGCGAGAGGAUUUGUUCUUCAAUUUCGCGGAGAAAACACCGACCGCGAUGGCGUCGUUCGUGGAGCAACCGAUCUAUUGGGAAGGUAGUGGUAAAGGAAUAGAAAAUUCAACGAAAGAACAGACGAUGACGACGACAAACAUCGUGAAGAAAACGUUGGCUUUCCUCCCUUGGUUUUCCAGAAAAGUUCAAGAACGGAUCGUCUCUCCGCAUUCCACGUUUGACGUGCACGUGCAGUUGGACGUGCCGGAUUCGGAAUAUAAUCGAAAGGUUGGGAUGUUUCAAGUGAAAGCAGAAUUGGUAACUACGAGUGGGGAAACGAUACUAGAUUCUAUGCGACCUACUCUCUUGAGAUAUCAAUCGCCGUUAGUGAGGUGGAUGAAAACGCUGGCAUAUUGGCCGUUUCACCUGGUGGGAUUCGUAGAAGAGAAGCAAACGAUUGACGUGAGAGUGUUUUCAAAGAUACGGGAAAGGAGAGAUUUCACGAGAGUUGCGGUAAAGUUACUCCCGAGAGGUCAGACGAAAAGUGGGAUGUUGCCGGAGAUUUAUUCGGCGUCAGCGACAAUCUCUUUGCGGAUGAACAUUCUGCAGAAAGCGCUCUAUUUUUAUCCGAUUCUAUCAACAAUUUCAGUCGUCGGUUUCAACUGGUUUUGCUUGAACACGUUCGCGGUGAUUAUGACGUCGUUGAUCGUGUUUAUGAAAUCUGUGUCCGGUAAGGAAGAAGGGACUACGAUGAUGGACGACGUCGUGAACACGAUUAAAUCGACGACGAGUGCGACGAUUGGGGGGAGAGACAAGAGGCAAGAUAAACUCAUCGAGUCGAUUUUAGCGAGCGAGGACGAUACGAUUUCCAUCUCGACCCAGCCAGGGGAAAUGUCCUCAGAACCAGCUUCAGAAACAGAUAUCAAGGAAAGAAGAGAUAAAAUGCCAGCUUCGUAUCGAAAGGACGACGAAUUAAGACGUCGAAAGUAA